GAUUUUCAUGUUCUGUGACCUCAGAUUAACGAUUAGAGAUGAGAGAGACGUUUAUCAUUAUUAAGCACGGUAGAUUUUAUUGCUGUAGUCAUCGGGAUUAGACUAAAAGUCUGAGUUGGCAGUAAGACUACAGAGAAAGGAAUUGCAAUGCUUGGAAAAAAUUCUAAAGAAACCUGCAUUUGUGAUGUCAUCGUGUGUGCCUGUCUUUUGUAAUGUUGAUGAAACGAGGAUUAAGGGUUUGUUUCCUUCGAGCAAUAUCAUGGUCUAGACCAUUAGUGAACACUACGCAUCAGCACAAUUUUCAUUCUUCAUUGACACAAUUCUACACAACAGUAAAUCCAGGGUCUGUAUCAUUGGACCUAACCAUGCCAUCAGAAAAACACAAGGAACUCAGAGACAUACUGGAUACAGCCAUAUCAUCCGUCCUACCCUCUGAAAUGAUUGGAAGAGCUCUAAAAGUGGACGGUAACUGUUUACAGGUGGGGGGUCAGGAGUAUGCUUUAAAUAACAAUGUUUAUGUGGUGGGGUUCGGUAAGGCAGUGGCGGGGAUGGCUCGAUCAGUUGAGGACCACCUACAGCACCACAUCAUUGGUGGCAUCCUCAGUGUACCACACGGUCUAGGCCAGACUCUUAAAGAACUUGGUAAAAUGGAUCUUUGGCCAAAGGAAGACACCAAGCUGAAGGUCAUGGAAGGAGCUAAAAAUAACCUGCCGGACGAUGAUGCUCAGGCUGCAGCUGUGGCCAUUAAGAAAUUAGUGACCACACUGACUGAUCAACACAUUCUUCUAGUACUUAUAUCAGGUGGCGGAUCCUCGCUUUUACCACUGCCCUGCCCACCCAUAACGCUGGAGGAAGAAGUAUCCUUAACAAAGAUGUUGUCCCAGAAUGGUGCUACCAUUAACGACCUGAAUACCAUUAGAAAACACAUUGAGGAGUUAAAGGGCGGAGGCCUGGCUAAGGCAGCACUCCCAGCACAGGUGAUUUCACUGAUCUUGUCGGAUGUCGUCGGAGACAGACUGGACAUUAUUGCCAGUGCUCCUACUGUAUUUGACGUGUCGUCUCCUCAGAUGUGCAUGGAUAUCUUCAAAGAACUUAAAGUCAAACAGCUAGUACCAAAAUCAGUCAAAGAAUUCCUCUUCAAAAAGUCGGUAGAGUUUGCAAAGAUGCCGUCUCUGAAGAAACCGGAAGUGGGAUACACUACCCCAUGGUCCGAAUUCCGACAUGUCAACAAUGUCAUUGUUGGAAACAACACCAUGGCAACGCAAGCUGCAGAAAAUAAGGCAAAAGAACUUGGACUCUUGCCGUUUGUUUUAAGCGUCUCUCUGGAGGGUGAAGCUCGCCAUGUUGGAGAAAUUUUUGUAGAUAUCGCUCAGUACAUAGCACUGUUAUAUAAUUACAAACCGUCACGUGACGGAGGGUCAAUAUCAUUAGUCCAGUUAGAGUUAAAACUGACGCAAUUUGGUUUCGAGAAGACUGUAUUGAAUGACCUGAACUCUAUUGCCAGAAGAGCCUGUAAUUGUCGUAAAGGGGUCUGUGUCAUCAGUGGAGGUGAGACCGUUGUUAAGGUCAAAGGUCUGGGUAAGGGUGGGCGUAACCAAGAAAUGGUGCUUGCUUUUGGAAUAAGUUUAGAAAAAGCAUGUGCAGAGGAAGAAAAGCUGAAUAGAUUUUCCAUUGAAUUCCUGAGUGGAGGGACGGACGGACAAGAUGGACCCACGGACGCCACCGGGGCGAUAGCAGAUGACAAAAUGAUACAGAAGUGUGCACAGGAAGGUCUGGAUAUGGUUAAUUUCCUGGAAAAUAACGACAGUUACACCUUGUUUUCUCAGCUGGAUGAGGGUUCAUACAUCAUAAAGACUGGUCUUACUGGGACCAAUGUAAUGGAUAUACAGGCUCUCAUUGUCACGCCGAAAGACUUUGACGAUAUUUAAAACGUUCUUCAGCAAUCUCAACCUUGUUGUUAAAAGAUGCUCAUUGGUACAAAAUGUCCAUUGUAGUGACGAAUUACGCACAGUAUGUACUAGUCUAAUAAAGGUUAGGUACCAA